GAGAAUUUUAGUGUAUCCUGGACGUGUGGAAUGGCGGAUUCACUUGAAAAUGACCCAAAAUUUUAAAACAAUGCCUUAUUUAUCGUAAUGUAUUUACAAAAAGAAUCAAACUGGACAUUUCUUGUAACAGAUGUCUGGCAUGGACUUGCGAGAAUCUUUAGAUUUUAAGGAGGACUCAACAGUUGCUGCAGAUGGACUUCGAGAAAGUAUAGAAAAUGCUUCAUUCUUUAAAAGUAGAGAACCACUUGCUGCUUCAACAGUUUCAAGGCCACAGAGACCAAAUACUAACCGACAAGACAAGGGGAACUGGAGAGAAAAUGGAUCAUUUUUAGAAGAUUUUAGUACUCCAAAGAGAGGGCAAGAUAAUGAAUAUGACAGACUUGGUGCUGAGUGUCUGGGGUUCAGGGGACAAAGUCGGGAUUCCUCCCUGGGCCUGAUUCCAGUAGAAGCAAUGGAUGAUUUAUCUGCUAGUGUUCUGCAGUUGUCAGAAGAAAAGUUCUUUAAUUCAGAAACUGCCACUGUGAAAAAGAGACCAUCUUCUCCAAAAUCAAGAGAACCAACUGGGGUCUUAAAACAGAGUUUGUUUCCCACCAUGUCAACUGGACAAAUCCCGGGGAUCAUUGCAGAGGAGGAGGGGGAUGUGACAAUUCCAGAUAUCCAGUUUCAGGAGGGAGAGCUGGAGCAGCUGGACGAAGACUUUGACCUUGAUAUGACAACCAAUGAGAGUGCUCUGGAGUAUGCUGGGAUACCUAAUCCAGAGGAAUCGGAGAUGAUGCUCCAUACUACCAAUGAUAACACAGCAGGUGAUGACAUUUGGAACUCUGUAUAUUUGAAAUCUGGCUCCACAUUUUCUCGAUUUGUCACAGCAGAAGAGGCAGAAACGUCAGAUAAACAGGACACUUCUAACUUACAGGGGGCAGCAGGCAAUUCUGAGAGAAGAUACCCCAGUCUCAGCAAAGUCACGCUCUUUGAUGAUGCUGGAAGCUCUGAGGAUGUUAGCCAGCCUUUAUCAGCCAGGACAAGAGCUCAGUAUCCCAACUUAGCAGCUGUAAGAAUGGACAGUGAGGUGUUUGAUCAGUCUGUAGAUGUGGACAAAAGCAUUUCAAAAAGAGGCUCAGGAGCAGGUCAAAGUGCAGACUUGGAAGUUAACCCACCAAAGAGAGAUUUGGCGUCAGUGAAUGGAGGAACUGACAAUGUUUCUAUGUCUAUGAGGUACUCAGCUGAGGGUGAUGUGGUUAACUCACCUGACAGGACAGGUGCAAAAAGUUUUCCACAGAAUGACUCUGAUUCAGAAGAGGAAAAAACUGUUCCCAUACAGUCAAAAAGUUCUCCAGCAAAGGAAUUCCUCAAUACCUUUAAAGAGAGUUUUAAAUCUCCAACCCACAAAAGCAGAAACCUGGGAGUGGAACCAGAGGAACAGAGAGUAAAACCAAUGGGGGAUGAUCUGCUGACAGAAAAGGGACCCAAUAGAUAUCAGGAACAACAGGGAGAAAAAUGUGAAGGUGACAUGCCCUCUCAGCUGAAUUCCAUGUACUUCAAGCCUUCAUUCCCAGACGCCUCCCUGCUUCCCCAGGGACAGAGGAUGGACAUUACAGAUGACAUUUUUGGGGGGACAGUUAACCCAGAGACCAUGGAGGUGUUUGAAUCUCCAGGUGAUAGACUGGAGGCCUCGGGCUGCAAUGUUGAUGAUGUUCAGGCAUUAAGCAAUCCAUUUGAUGGUCUGGAAUCAUCUUUUGGAUCUUUUGGACUGAAAAAGGAGUCUAACACGGAUGAGUCGCACAGCAAUGUCAACCAGUGGUUGCAACUCAAUGCCAGCCCUAUGAGCACACGAACUCGAAAUAGUGCUCAGUCUCAAGCAAGUCAGAGACUCAGUUCUCAGUCAGGACAGAGUCCAAAAAUAAGUCAGGAAUCUAGUAAAUCUUUACAUCAGGAAAAGCAACCACCCAGAGACAUGGAAGGGAGUGAACACCCCAGCCUGCCUCAGAGAUUUCCAGAUUCUGAUAGUUAUGUGUUUAUGGAGCCCAGACUGAGUCAGUACUAUGGGGCAGACAAAUCAUCUGUUAGGAGAAGCUUUCCAGAAGUUUCUGUGUCACAACCAAUCAAAGCUCAAUACUCACCCAGGCUUUCCAAAAGUCAAGAUACAGUUGUUGUAUAUAAGGAUGGUACUGGGGAAAUGGUGACAGAUUUAGCUUUCCAGACAGAUUUUACAGACAUGGUUUCAAGUCAACAUGCAAAACUGCAGGAACAGUUUGCCAAGGGAAGUCUAGAUUUUGAUGUCACCAUGGCUGAUGAUGAAUUUAAGUCUGCAGAUGCAGCUAAAGCAAUGCUGGAUGAGGAUGAAGAACAGUUUGAGAAGGAGCAUGUGUUUAGAGAGGAUGCAAAGAUUGUGACCCCUGUUGGUUCUCCAGAUUCGUGGGGAUAUUCCAGCAAAAUGUCCAUCUCUUGUCCCUCAUUCCUUAAACCUGAAAAUGGAGAAGACCUUAGGAUUUCCAUUGGAACUUUCAUGAAGAGUCGCUCAGGUGCAUUAGGGUGUCUAGGAGGAGAAGGCGAACAGGAGAGGCCUGAAUUUGGAAUGAAAAUCAAAACACCACCCCAGAAUAGAAAACCAAUGGCAUUGAUUGAAGCUUCAGGAGAAUAUGAAUCUGAGAGAAGUCCUCAAGCCACAAAGUGUAGGACUGAGGGUGUCGGCAAUGAAGAUGAGGACAAAACUCUGUUGGACGAUGCAGUGACCCUGGCUGAUCUAGAGCCAUCCCCGGCAUACCAGGAGAGCAGGGACUCCCAGUCUCAGCCUCCAAGGAGUAAAACCCCAGUGAUGCACUUAUCAGCUGAGCUGUCUAAGCUACAGGACUCCCUUAGGGAUUCUGAUGAUUCUCUUAGUAUUACUCUGCUACAUUCCUUGCUACAAUCUGUGCCAAAGGACACAAGACCAACAGAACUGUCUAAAAUGGUCAUGGCAUUGUCUCAGAAAUCUUCCAAAUCCAUUCAUCAUCCUGUCAAUAAAUCAACCAAACUUCCCAUCAGAAGAGGGUCAGAUGUGAUCAAUAAGAUCAAAGGGUCGUCUCCAAGGAAAUCAUCCCAAGACUCGCCUGAACAUGACAGGAGUCAGAAUUCAAACUCCUUUACUUCCAAAGGGUCAGAUCCUCAGAGAGAAGAUGAUACAGAGCUGAAGAACAUUCUGCAUAAAACUAGGCCUGAUGGAGAAGAAUCAGAUGUGUCGCUGUCUCCCAUCAGUAGGAGUAACAAUGUGACGCCCUCAGAUGUAAUGUUAAAAACUUCAUGUCAUAGUGAUACUGUAGAGGCCAUUGAUAGAGGGGCUGUACAUGCUAGCCAUCAGAUGGAUAGAGGUCAACAGUAUAAUGUAUCGACCUCUUUACAUAGUCAUGGAGGAAGCCAUAGAUCAUCUCAAGAAAACAUUCGCCAGCCUUCAAGUGCGUCAGUCAAUAUCUCAGAUUACAGGGAGAGGUCCAGACACAGCAGCGCUAAUAGUGAAUCCAGAGAGAACCGGAUUAGGUCUCCACAUGGUAGCACUAAAGAAGACUUAACAGGUCAUCAUAUUCCAGAUGGCACAGACUACAGUCUUAAAGCAGACUAUCCACAUCAAAUAAAUAUGGGAAUGUCAAGAGAAGAUUUGGUAGGCACUGAGGAUAUUCAACUUGCAGAUUCAAGGGGUUUUGAUCUCAUUGCCAGUGAUAUGGGACUUGAGACUGAUUCCAAAUACCAAUACCAUAGGGUCAAUAGAGACUCCAGUGACCAAAGAAGCAGGGAAAGAAAUAAAAGUAAUUAUCACUCAAGAAAUGAUGAUGACAUUGAUUGCAGUGAGAGAUAUCAUGAUGUUAAUGAGAAUUUUAACAGUGGUAGGACUUCUAAUGCAGCUAAGAAGUAUGAAGUGCAAGAAGAACUCGCUGAAGGUGCACACAACAAAGAAAAUGUAUCUAAUGUUCAGAAAACUCAGGAAGACAGGGACUUAAUGCCACCUCCACCUGUUCCAAGUUUUCACCAUAAUCUUGUUCCACAUCACAAAACUUCAGAUCCACCCAUGUUACUUACAAGACAGUCUCUGUUAAAAAGCAGCUUUGCUCAACAGUAUCUACCACCUCCUGCCACCAGGAAAAUUUUAUCCUCUAAACACUUUUCUCAGUCCCAUGGGAAUAUUUUCACAAUGAGGCAAGACCACCCUCCCACCCAAGACCAUGCAAUGAAUAAGAAAUUAUCUCACUCACAAAGUGACAUUCAAGAACAUAGUAUAGCUGAUCUUAGUCAGCACAGUUUGGUAACACCAGACCAGUCAAGACAUCGGAGGAUUUUGUCUGAACCAAUGACUGAUGGGAGAAGACUGGCAGAUGAGGCCAGUAUGUUCAGACAACCCCCUGCAUACCACAGCACACCAUUCCAAAGGGAUGCCACUAAUAUGUCAGAGACACAAUUUUAUGAAUUAAAUCACUCCAUGCUGUCUGUUGUGGAUGGAGAAAGGUCUAUUGUUGAUAAAGAUUUCAAACCAGCCAAAACCACCAUACCAGAAUACACAGGACUAGCUGCCAUUAAGGCCCCUGAGAUUCUGGCCUUCCCUGAUGUUUGUUGUGUGGGAAUCUCUGUAAAGACUACCCUCCCACUGACCAAUCCGACCAAUCGCUGGCUAGAGUGUAUCCUUCAGAUCCGACAACUCUCAAUGGAUGGACAGGCAGUGGGCAGCAGCAUUACAGUGCCAUUUGAGAUGAAGCAGAAGGUUAUCAUUGAACCUAACACCAUGGAAAAGAUAGAGGUAAUCUUUAUUCCUAAAUUGGCUGGUGCAUAUGUAGCUGAACUGUUGAUCCAUUCCCACAGAUUUACCCAGGAUAGGGCAACUGGAUCUACAUCUUAUCCCACAGUGGUCACAAUCCAGGCAAUAGCAGAAAAACCCAAGAUUGAGGUCCAUGGCUAUGGUUUGGAGAAUCGAGUGCUGAACUUUGGCCAGGUGACCUGGGGGAGUUGUAAAUCCCUGACCCUGGGGAUUGUUAAUUAUGGACAAGCCUCUCUCCCACUCAGGCUCUCCAUCUCAUGUAAUAACAUCCCUUGGCAUUGCUUCUCCUUUGAUCGUAAUGGACAGAAUUCCACACUGGGAGAUAUCUCCAUCAUCUCUAGGAGUAGCCGCCCACAAUCUCCUGCAUUAGGAAAGACGGUCGUCACACUAUGCAUCCCGGGACGGUCAGCAAAGGAUUCUGGGAUCACUGAACAGGAAGUAAGAGUCUGGUGUCGACCACCAGACAAGAGAAUAGACAGAGCAUUGGCUCAGAAUCCUCCUGAUGAGAUGACAGCUCGGAUUGACAUUGAUGUGGACACACCCACAGCUAAUAUCCCUCCCCUUAGAACAAUAGACUUACAAGCCAUAGUGGGGGUAGCUAGACUUCACAUCCCUAAAUACCUUGAAAUGCUCAAGUUGGAAUCCACAGUGAGACAGGCUGCUAGGGAUUCUAUAGCAUUGAAGAACUAUGGGAAUAUAGAUCUAAAUGUGUCCUUAAGUAUUCCAGAUCAUGAGGAUUUAUUCAGAGUCCGUCCAAAACAAAUAACAAUCCCUCCAGGACAGGAAAAUGAGGUAGUGGUGGAGUUCUUCCCCUUGGAAUCUGGGAUAAAAUCACUAGAAAGUGUUCUGUUGAUGAAUGUGGAGCCUGAUGGACCUCUGUAUGAGCUCCCAGUUCUGGGUAGUGUGGUGGCCAAGAGGCAGUCUACUCCUAUAGUCCUCAGUGAUAGGUGUUUCAUCUACUUUGGUGGUGUGGGUAUUGGAAAAUCUAUGGAAAAUAAGUUCCGGUUGAAAAAUCAAACACAGUAUCCUCUGAAAUUAAAAUUGGAAGUUAGAGAUGAAGCACAUGUUUUCAAGCUGAGAACAUCAUCUAUUCAGUCUAACAGUUUAACAGAGAUAAGAGAUGUCAUUAUCCAACCUCUAGAGACCUACCCUGUAUAUGUUACCUACUCCCCUCUCUCGGCAGCACUGAACUCGGGGAAAAUUGUCAUCAAACCAUACGAUACAGCUUACAAGUUCUCUAUACCUGUGACUGGUUAUGGAGGAGUUGGUAAGCUGGUUGUAGAGGGAGCCAGCAUUGCUGACAUGAAUAGAUACUGUCUGGACAUGGGGGAUAUUUCACUGGGACAGGAGACUGGAGAAAAAAUUAUUGUACGGAAUGUCGGGUCAAGACCAGUCUUUGUCAAACUAAUGGCCUACACAGGGUCACAGUGUAGAAAGGAUAAUAUCUCUAGUAAAGUGUUGGUGGAACCCAGUGAGUUUGUCCUAGAACAAGAGGGAACAAAGUCUGUGAUAAUUGUGUUGAACCCUUCUGAUCGAGAGACAUCACUGUGUACCAACAGCAAACAAAUUGUGUCUACAGUUGUGGCCUUUUAUGGUGACGAAAUUUCCAGGCAGCGAUUUAGAAGGGCCUUGAGAUCUUCAGCAAAACCUUACAAACCAAGCUCUUCUAUUGAUGCAUUAGCUCUGACACUCAAUCUGAAUCACGCCUUCCCAGAUGAGAACUUGGUUCCUGAAUUCCCAGCACCCCAGGAAGUGAAUAUGAAUUCCCUGAUUGACACAUUUUACAACUCCAUGUCCAGGCUAUAUAUAGCUCUUGUAGGAUCACCCUCAGAACUCUCCCUCACUAAAACUCCACAGAUUCAUCACUCUGGAAAAUCUCCCAUCAGUGUAAAGAAAGGGUUUAGAACCAGUGGCAGUCUGACUGGAAUACCCUCCAAAGAUCCCAACAGGUGUAUAUCUCCCCAUAGUAAUACCACGCCUUUACACAACUCCCCUUUGUUUGUACCGGAAGAGGAGGAUAAAGACUGGACGGUGAAACCUACACAACUUAUCUUCAGAGUCUCUAAAGAAGGAAAGCUUCCGAUCCUGAAGUUUCAGAUCAGUAACUUUCAAAGCAAGUCAAUUUCAUAUGAGUUGACAUGGCCAGGCCAGAAGUUAAAAUUGACUCCUGAGGGUGGAGUUGUUGGGCCUAAGGACAAAGUGACCGUGUGUAUCAGUCCAAGUCCAACUGUGUACAAGUUAAUUAAUGAACUUCCAUGGAGUGGAUGUGUCCAUGUCUCCUGUGGUCAGAAAACCAAGAAAGUGCAGGUCCAGAUUAGGACGGAGCUGGAGGACAGCCAGCCGGCCCUGACUCAGACCCUUGUCCCGGUGUUCAGACACACUGUUGGCCCUACAAUCAGUCUGCCUUACGAGUCCAGCAUAGGGAGUAUGAUGCAAACCUCGGCUCAUAAGAUUGAAUUCCCCAUCACCAAAGUUGGAGAACAAUCUGAGACCAGCUUUGAACUAACUAACACUUCUGAUGAACCCAUGCAGUGGAUUGUCUCCUCUUUUGCCCCACCAUAUGUCAAGGGGGCAGACAGUACUAAAGAUGUUUUCCGAGUCAUGUAUAAAGUUUUUGACUUCACCAUCAAGUCAGGCAGUUUACCACCAGGAAAGAGUGCUCAGGUAAAUGUCGAGUUUAUGCCGAGAUCUAAAGGAACUUUCACACAACACUGGGAUGUACAAAGUGCAAAGGAUAAACCAGUCCGAUUGCAACUCACAGGGGAGAGCAUUGCUAAUGAUGAUGUGCCUGGUAGUCAGUUGUCUUCAUACAGAGAAGACGCUACAGAGAGAUUUCAGGAAACUGGCCACAAAACACAUAGAAAGAGUAAGGAUGAUAGACCAGUGAUUCUGAAGAAUGAAGAGCUGAGGUUCCUCCCCUGCUCAGUGGGUCAGUCACAAGUGGCCAAGUUACAGAUCGCCAACAACUCCUCAUCACCACAACCAAUUGAGGUGAUACCCCCACAGCCACCAUUUUACGUGAAGCAUAUGAGAUUUGAAGUGAAGAGUAAGAAGUACCUUAUGCUCCCUGUGGAAUUUCGACCUUCAGAGCCAAACAAUUAUGAGGGACUGAUCGUGUUGAAAACCGGAAUGGGGUAUAGUUUGAGUGGCAAGUUACUUGGUCAGUGUUCAUCAUAACAAGCCCAUCAAAGAUAUUAGAGGGAGAUAAACAUAACAACUAGUUUCAAGGACAUUGUAGGAAUUUGUUAUGUGUUUUAUAGAAAGGCUUUUGUCUCAUUCUUCCAUUAUAAAUUACUGAUUUAAUAUAUUUAUGAAGAAGCUUUAAGAUAGAUGUAGAUACUUGUACAUGGAUUUGAAUCAUGGAUUGCCAAGUUCAUUUGCUAUUUUGAAAUGUCCAUUUUAUGAAUAUUUUUCAAUACAAUGAAAUUGAUAAUAAGAUAUUGUGUAAAUAAUUUGUCAGAAAAUUGCAUCAGUUGAACUUUGUUUUACAUGGUUUGUUGACUACUUAUAUGUACAUUUAUAUUAUAUCUAAUAUGAUUGGUGUGGCAGCUUCCAAUAGGCUCUAUUUGCUACUUUCAAAUCUGUUGUCCAGUUUCUCAUUUACUUCAGGUGCUGAAUGUUACCUACUUUGCAUUUAAAUAUUUAUCUAGAAUUAGAAGCAUAAUCAUUUUUUUUAAUAUUAUUUUGUUAUUAAAUGUUCUAUCCUGUAGGUUGUAAGUCGUAGGAUAUAAACAUGUACAUGUAUUUAUCUUUUGAUUUUCGUUAUAUAGUUUUGAUUACAUUUUCCUUAGACAAAAUUUCUCUCAAAAAGCUUGUUGUUUGUGUAAACAUGAAAGCAUGACAGUGAUAGGUUCUGUGAUAAACAUGGUGCUUCAUUAGUGAAAGCAUUUACAUUUCUUAAAAUCUGAGAGAGAGAGAGAGAGAGAGAGAGAGAGAGAGAGAGAGAGAGAGUUGACUAAAUUUUGUGGUAGAGAGAGAGAGAGUUGACUAAAUUUUGUGGUAGAGAGAGAGAGGAGAGAGAGACUAAAUUUUAUGGUACAAAAAUUCUCCUUGACUAGUGUUGUCUAAUUUUUCAAAAUAUCUGAGUAAACCUUCAUGUGUUCACAGACAUACCUCAGUGACAUUCAGUAUUGUAUAGGGUAGAAUCAAAAAUACUUAUAGUGGAUACAGUUAUUUAAAUAAUGCAAAAAAAAGAAAGGAUUGGACAGCAGGCAUUAGAUGUCUGUUUAAUCUAUCUCCAUGUAUACAGUAAAAUAAAAUAGUCAAGAAAUGAAAACAAAAAACAAGGUAAAGCAGAAUUCUCAACUACCAGUGAUAAUUUUUCUUAGCUAGUCCUAUCAAAGUGUGUGUAUGAGAAACUUAUGGAUAUAAAAUAUUGAAACUUUUAUGUUGAUCUAAGAUCUCUAAAUGUUUAGUAAAAACGACCUAUUUAUUAUGAUAUUUAAAGUGAAGUAACACUUUGUAGAACAUGCUUGUAUAUUUAUAAGGUUGAAAGACUGAAAAUAAAUAGAAUUACACUUGA